CACACGAUUCAAUUUCGAAAGAUAAUUCUGAUGAAGAACAACGAGGAAGAUUCGAACAUUUGAAAUUAAAUUUGAAAAGUCCAACGCCAAAAAGCAAAAGCCAUUGAAAUCACUGUGCGAAAGUGGACCUAAUAAUAAUCUUAUUCUGAAAACCUGAAUCCUCAAUUCUCACUCACUUUCCUUGCUCACUUCAGUGUGUGUGCAGAGAAACAAAAGGAAAUGGAAAACAACGCUGAAUCUGAGAAACCGAAUGGGAAAGGGAUUCCAGUUCACGGAGGCAAGUACUUGCGCUACAACAUCUUAGGCAACGUUUUCGAAGUCUAUGCGAAGUACGCACCGCCUCUUCAACCCGUUGGUAGGGGCGCAUACGGCAUCGUUUGCUGCGCGACGAAUUCGGAGACCGAAGAAGGAGUUGCGAUUAAGAAGAUUGGGAAUGCGUUUGACAACAGGAUCGAUGCGAAGAGGACGCUCAGGGAAAUCAAGCUUCUCUGCCACAUGGAACAUGAUAACAUAAUUAAAAUUAAGGACAUAAUUCGGCCAGCGGAGAGGGAGAAUUUCAAUGAUGUGUAUAUUGUGUAUGAGUUGAUGGACACCGAUUUGCAUCAGAUUAUACAGUCUAAUCAGGCUCUCACUGAUGAGCACUGUCAGUACUUUUUAUAUCAACUCCUGCGAGGAUUGAAGUACAUACAUUCUGCAAAUGUUUUGCACCGAGAUUUAAAACCAAGCAAUUUACUUCUCAACGCAAACUGUGAUCUCAAAAUAUGUGACUUUGGGCUUGCCAGAACAACCUCAGAGACGGAUUUUAUGACAGAAUAUGUUGUCACUCGUUGGUACAGGGCCCCUGAAUUGUUAUUGAAUUGUUCAGAAUAUACUGCUGCUAUUGACAUUUGGUCGGUUGGUUGUAUUUUAAUGGAGAUAAUCAGAAGGGAGCCUUUAUUUCCUGGUAAAGAUUAUGUUCAGCAGUUGGCCCUUAUAACUGAGUUAUUAGGUUCACCAAAUGACUCGGAUCUUGGGUUCCUCAGAAGUGAUAAUGCAAAGAAAUAUGUUAAGCAGCUUCCACAUAUAGAGAAGCGGUCUUUUGCUGAGCGGUUUCCUGAUACGUCCCCGUUAGCAAUUGAUCUUGCUGAGAAAAUGUUGGUCUUUGAUCCCUCCAAGCGAAUAACUGUCGAAGAAGCACUAAAUCACCCAUAUAUGGCAAGUCUUCAUGAGAUCAACGAGGAGCCCGUUUGCCCAACUCCUUUCAUCUUUGAUUUCGAACAGACAACUCUUAACGAAGAAGACAUAAAGGAGCUCAUAUGGAGAGAGUCUCUAAACUUCAGCCAGGAUCAGAUGUUGGAAUAGCCUCGGGCCUUGACAAAAUAGGUUUUUAUAUGGAAUUUCAUUAUUCAGGUUUGGAGUUGGGUGGUAAAGGUUCUAUUUCUAUCAAACAUGUUAUAAAUUGCUUUAUUAGGUUUGGAGUUGCAAGUGCAGCAUGUGAUUCUGUAAUGGAAGUGGUGAGGGAGAUAGGUUCUCCCAUUCCAGUUGUUGCCUUGAGAGGGCAACUUUCAUUUACCUUUUUUAUUUCUUUGAGAGGAUUAUGGUACCCACAAAGCGUUGGUGCUUGUUAUGCAUAAGAGGGGCAUAUGCUUCCAAGGCCUAAGCCUUUGUCUUUUUGGCUUUGCAUUGUAUAAAUAUCCAAAUAUAGUAGUUACACAGAAGUUAUUGAAGAUAAGCCACAAUAUAGUGGUUUUUAUUUUUGGGUGGUUA